AUGUCGCUCAGUGUCGGACACGUGACCGCUUUGGUGGAGGCACGGCCCGAGUUAGUGUACGCGGACACGAUCCGCAUCCUCAUUGCAACGGACAACCAUGUCGGCUACGAAGAACGCGACGCUAUUCGGAAAGAUGACUCCUGGCGCACCUUUGACGAGAUCCUGAACCUCGCACGUACGCACGAUGUCGACAUGGUCCUCCUCGGCGGCGACCUCUUCCACGACAACAAGCCAUCGCGCAAGUCGCUGUACCAGGUCAUGCGGACCCUGCGCAAGAAUUGCCUGGGCGAGAAACCUUGCCCCCUCGAGUUCCUGAGCGAUGCGGCCGAGGUUUUCGAGGGAGCAUUUCCCCAAGUCAACUACGAGGAUCCCGAUAUCAACGUAUCCAUACCCGUCUUCUCCAUCCACGGCAACCACGACGACCCGUCUGGCGAGGGCAAUUUUUGCUCGCUGGACCUCCUCCAGGCCAGCGGUCUGCUGAACUACUUUGGACGCGUGGCUGAGGCAGACAACAUUCACGUCAAGCCUGUGCUCCUGCAAAAAGGCGAAACCAAGCUGGCUCUCUUUGGGCUGAGCAAUGUCCGGGACGAGCGUAUGUUUCGUACUUUUCGGGACCACAAGGUCAAGUGGUACCGUCCCAACCUACAGAUGGGCGAUUGGUUCAACCUGCUGGCCGUUCACCAAAACCACCACGCCCACACGGCGACUUCAUACCUGCCGGAGAGCGUGCUGCCAGACUGGAUGGACCUAGUGGUCUGGGGCCAUGAGCACGAAUGUCUGAUCGACCCGUCGCAGAACCCGGAGACGGGGUUUCACGUCAUGCAGCCUGGAUCGUCGGUCGCCACGUCUCUAGUACCGGGUGAAGCUGUGCAAAAGCACGUCGCCAUCCUCAGCGUGACCGGCAGGGAUUUUAAAACGGAGAAGAUCCCUCUGAAAAGCGUCCGUCCCUUUGUCACGCGGGAGCUCAUCCUUUCAGCAGAUAAGCGGUUCAAGGGGCUGGAGAAGAAAAAGGAGAACCGACAAGAGGUCACAAAACGGUUGAUGGAGGUGGUGGAGGAGAUGAUUGAAGAGGCCAACGCCGAGUGGGAGGCGAUACAGAGCGACGAGGAGGCCCUGGAAGAGCGGCCACUCCCCCUCAUUCGGCUCAAGGUUGAGUACACGGCCGCAGAGGGAGGCCAGUACGAAGUCGAGAACCCGCAGCGCUUCUCGAACCGGUUCUCGGGCAAAGUUGCCAACAUGAACGACGUAGUCUACUUUUACCGCAAGAAGACGAUGCAGCGCAAGAAAGAUGCUGUGAACCCCGCCGACGCCAUGGAAACGGUCAGAGACGACGGCGACAUGGUCAAAGUCGAGUCGAUUGUGUCCGAGUUCCUCUCGGCACAGUCACUCAAGGUGCUCCCCCAGGGCCCGUUCUCGGACGCGGUGAACCAAUUCGUCUCAAAGGAUGACAAGCACGCGAUGGAGCUCUUCGUGUCAGAGCACCUCACAGGACAGGUACAGCAGUUGCUGGGUCUCGAGAGCGACGAAGAAGAUCUGAACAGCGCCAUGGAGAUCUACAAGGCGCGCAUCGAGCAGCAGGACGGUCGAUCUUUUAUGCCCGAGCGCAAGCGCACGUUGCGGCCAAAGCCAGCGCACUGGGACAGCGACUUUGACGGGAGCUGGGAGGAUGCCCCCGAUGCAUGGACAUUUGAGGAUAGCAUGGCGCCGACAACACAGCCUAGCAGGCAGUCCAAGGGACUUGCAUCCCAGCGCCAGGCAGAGGGGGAUGAGGAGGAGACGGUGCGGGCAACCAAGCGCGGGGCGAAAGCCGGCCCAAAGACCGCUGCGAAGGCGCCCGCCAAGAAAGCGCCCGCUCGCAGCGGGCGCCGAAAAGCUGCGGGAACAAGCGAGGACGAAGAGGAGGACGUGAUAAUGGCGUCCGAGGAUGAGGCAGAGCAGUCAGCGCCACCGCCGAAGCGACGCGAACCCGCAGCAGCCAAGAAAGCCGCCGCCAAGAAGACACAGUCCAAGCUCGAUUUCUCUCAGUCGCAACCAGCCACACAGAGGAGGACAGCUAGACGUGCUGCCGCCGCGUCGCAGAAGAAAGCAACGACUGUGGAGAUUAGCGACGAUGAGAUCUCAGAUGAGGAGGACGCGUUCGAGCCGGCGCCUGUGUCGACGAGGACACGGAGGAGGUGA